AUGUCAUCUGAAGAUAUUGAAGAAAAAAGAUUAAAGAUCCAUACAUCUACAGAGUUUAUUAAGAAAUCAAUUACAAAUCACUUUACGGAACCAUUUGAACCACGUAUUCUAAUCAUCUGUGGCUCUGGCUUGGGUGGUAUUUCUAAUCGACUUGAUGCAAAUAAGGAAAAAUUAGUUAUACCAUAUUCUGAUAUACCAAACUUUAAAAAAAGUACUGUUCCUGGACAUAUGGGAACAUUAAUUUUUGGUACGAUGAAUCGUACUCCAGUCGUAUUGAUGAAUGGUAGACUGCAUGGAUACGAAGGCAAUUCACUCUUCGAUACUACUUUCCCUAUCCGUGUUCUGGAUGGAUUAAAAACAGUUCAAACUUUAAUUGUAACGAAUGCUGCAGGGGGUUUAAAUCAUGAUUUCCAAACUUGCGACCUUAUGUGCAUUUACGACCAUAUAAACUUCCCUGGCUUGGCAGGUAAGCAUCCACUGAUUGGAGAAAAUAUGGAUGAAUAUGGCCCAAGAUUCCUGGCUUUAAGUGAUGCUUACGAUUUAGAAUUACGAAAGUUAUUAUUUAGAAAACAAAGGGAAUUAGGUAUAUCAAGGAAAUUGCAUGAAGGUACUUAUUGUUUUGUUUCUGGCCCAACUUUCGAAACAAGAGCGGAAUGUAGAAUGAUUAAUGCGAUGGGCGGCGAUGCUGUUGGUAUGAGUACUGUUCCUGAAGUAAUCGUUGCUAGACAUUGUGGUUGGAGAGUUUUAGCGUUAAGUCUAAUUACUAAUAAAUCCGUCUUAGACCACCCCGCGAGCGUAUUUGAUGAAAAUCCAGUUGCUUUAGACGUUGGUAUAGCAAAUCAUGCAGAAGUACUGGAGAAUGGUAAAUCAGCAUCUACCGAUGUUGAACAUCUAAUUGCUGCAGUAGUAGGCGAUCUGUAA